GUGGAGAUAGUAGGACGACGGGCUGAAAAAAAUGGAGAUUACAAGCAAUUCUUCAACAGAGCAAAGACAAUCCAAAAAAGAGAAGGGAGGAUGGAGAGCCAUCAAAUACAUUCUCGCAAAUGAAACUUUUGAGAAAUUAGCCUCAAUGAGUUUGAUAGCAAACUUGACUGUUUAUCUACAAACUCAUUACAACAUGGAUGGUAUUCUUUUGAUUAGUGUUGUCAGUGUUUGGUCUGGAUCCUGCAAUGUUACACCCAUUAUUGGCGCUUUGUUUUCUGACACUUUUCUGGGCAGAUUUCGUACUCUUCUCUUCGGUUCAAUAUCAUCAUUCUUGGGUACGGGGAUUAUUGCUUUUACUGCUGCUAUAUCGGCAUUGAGACCUCCAACUUGCAUUGACAAAGGAAAUUGCAUAGGUCCUAAGGAAUGGCAAUUGGGCGUCCUUUUUAUUGGCUUAGGGUUACUGGCAAUUGGAGCUGGUGGCAUUAGACCCUGCAACAUUGCCUUUGGGGCAGACCAAUUUGACACCACAACUAAAAAGGGAAGAAGACAAUUAGAGAGUUUUUUCAAUUGGUGGUACUUUUCAUUCACUUUGGCUCUCGUAGUUGCUCUCACUGGUGUUGUAUACAUCCAGACCAAUGUUAGUUGGGCUCUUGGUUUCUUCAUCCCUACCAUGUGCCUCUUCUUCUCCAUUGCCAUUUUCAUAAUUGGUCACCAUACCUACAUACUUGCAAAGCCCCAAGGAAGUGUUUUUGUUGAUGUGGCUAAGGUGAUUGUUGCAGCGCUUCGGAAACGAGGUUUACGUGCCUCAGAGCACACGCUCCACGACCCCCCCCCGCUCGAAAAUGAGGUGAAAAUUCCUCAAUCAGAGAGGUUUAGAUGUCUUGACAAGGCUGCUAUGGUGGUAGAUGAAAGUGAGGUGGAUGAGCAGGGUUUGCCUAAAAAUGGAUGGAAGUUAACCAGUGUGCAACAAGUGGAACAUUUGAAGAUGUUACUAGGAAUGUUGCCCGUUUGGAUAACAGGAAUUGGUUGUUUCAUAGCCAUGGACCAACAAAACUCUAUUGGGAUAAUGCAAGUAAUCCAGUCAAACAAAAAGAUUGGAUCCCACUUUCAGGUACCUCCAGGUUGGAUGGGACUUUCGUCGAUGAUUGCCCUUGCAAUAUGGAUCUGCAUUUACGAGCAAAUUUGGGUACCUCAAGCUAGAAAACUUACAGGAAAGACUAAAAGGUUGACAAUGACACAUAUGUUGAACAUCGGCAUUGUGAUAGCAAUUGUUUAUGCGUUAGUAGCUGCAACUGUUGAAACAAAACGUCAUGGGGCAGCUUUCAAAAGCGGAACAUUUGAGUCACCUUUAAGUGUCUUGUUCUUCUUGCCGCAAUUCGCUUUAUCAGGUUUGAUCGAAGCGUUUGCUGCAGUUGCUUUGAUGGAACUUCUUACGACACAAUUACCAGAGAGCAUGAGGACAGUUCCUGGAGCAAUCUUCUUUCUGAGCUUAUCAGUGUCAAGCUACUUGAACUCUCUUCUUGUGAACAUUGUUUAUACAACAACUAAGAAGAGUGGGAAAGGGCCGUGGUUGGGAGGUCACGAUCUCAAUAAGGAUAGGCUGGAGUACUUCUAUUGCCUCCAGGCUAGUAUAGAAGUUUUGAAUUUGAUUUAUUUCAAUGCCUUUGCCAGACAUUUUUUGGCCAAAAAUGGAGGAACCGAGAAGGAGCAGAGAAGUGAAGACAAAGCAUUAGAAUCGACCUAAUUUGUUGAGAAGAUCACCAUUGCUCAAUAUUAGGAAGUGGUUUAGUAUUUGGUUAUUUUUUAUGUUGGGAUAUUUUUUGAGAUUAGGUUGUUUUCAUUUAUAUAUGUUAGGAUUGUUGGUUAGUUUUAGAUAAAAUUAAUUUUGUAAAGUCUACUUUUUCUUAAAUGCCUCCUUUCUUAACAUUUGGUUUCAGGAUCUAGGCAAUCUCUUGAUUAGUUUUAUAAUAGACACCUUUACCAUCA